AUGACCAGACAAACUACGUCGCAAACUUGCUUGAUCUGUGGAGAUUCUGCUGAUUCUCUCCAUUUUGGGGCAUUGUCAUGCAGAGCAUGUGCCGCGUUUUUCCGUAGGAAGGUGGCCGGUCGCCGAAAUAUUUUUCGACGUUGUGAUCGUCAAUGCAAAGUUGACACCGGGAUGAGGAAACUGUGUGCCAGCUGUCGAUAUGACAAGUGCUUAAAAGUUGGAAUGAGAGAAUCAGCGGUACUUUCAAGACUUGCAAAGAAGAAUCAGAAUUAUAAGAAAUCAAUUGUUGGGUCGCCGGAUGCAUAUGAGCCAUCUACCUCAACGUCUGACAGUGUUUUGGAGAAUCUUCAAAGUGCUUAUCACAAACUUGAAGAAACGAGAAAACGAGUUUUUAACAUUUCUGAAACACACGUCUCCCAAUGUUGCAAUUACAAGCGAAUGAAUGACGUGUUCUUUGAAGACAUAAAAUUAGUAAUGGAGCAUUUGUUGGAGACAUUCAAAAAAUCAGAUAUUUCACAGGAACAGGAAAAGCUCCUUUGCGUACACUUCAUGGUUCCAUUCAUUCUCUUUGAAGGUGGUUACAAAUCCACAAACAGUGACUUAUUCUACCUGCCAAGUGGAGAUUUCAUUGAUGAGAACAGAAUCGAAGAGUACUACAGUAAUCCGGAUGACCAAAAUGAUAAUAGCGCAAAAUCUGCUGCGGAAGUUUUUCGACCCUACUGGAAGUUAAACAAGCAAACGCUCAAGACCCAUUUAGAUGAUGUUCAGCUGGAUCUUCCCGAAUUUUUGUUCAUCACUGCGUUAAUAUAUUUCGAUGAUGGACUCCUAGACCAAAACGAAGAAUGUAUUGAAGUUUGCAAACAGAUGAAAGCAAAAAUAAUCGAAGAACUGACUGAUUACGAGAAAAACGUUCGGAUCAACGAAGAUCAUUCGUAUCGAGUUGGUCAGAUUAUAAUGGUUCUACACGGUAUUCAACGUACCAUGAACAUGAUUCACGAGACAAAGGAGAUUUCAUUGGUGUAUAAUGUUUAUGAUAUGCAUUCCAGUAUUUUUGGAAAUAUGGCAGAAUAGAUCUAGUGUAUAAACUUUUGAUGAUUAAUGAACUUUUCAAGAAAU